AUGAGAGGCGAUAAAGGACACAUGAGAGGCGAUAAAGGACACAUGAGAGGCGAUAAAGGACACAUGAGAGGCGAUAAAGGACACAUGAGAGGCGAUAAAGGACACAUGAGAGGCGAUAAAGGACACAUGAGAGGCGAUAAAGGACACAUGAGAGGCGAUAAAGGACACAUGAGAGGCGAUAAAGGACACAUGAGAGGCGAUAAAGGACACAUGAGAGGCGAUAAAGGACACAUGAGAGGCGAUAAAGGACACAUGAGAGGACACAUGAGAGGCGAUAAAGGACACAUGAGAGGCGAUAAAGGACACAUGAGAGGCGAUAAAGGACACAUGAGAGGCGAUAAAGGACACAAGAGAGGCGAUAAAGGACACAUGAGAGGCGAUAAAGGACACAUGAGAGGCGAUAAAGGACACAUGAGAGGCGAUAAAGGACACAUGAGAGGCGAUAAAGGACACAUGAGAGGCGAUAAAGGACACAUGAGAGGCGAUAAAGGACACAUGAGAGGCGAUAAAGGACACAUGAGAGGCGAUAAAGGACACAUGAGAGGCGAUAAAGGACACAUGAGAGGCGAUAAAGGACACAAUAGAGGCGACAUGAGAGGCGAUAAAGGACACAUGAGAGGCGAUAAAGGACACAAGAGAGGCGAUAAAGGACACAUGAGAGGCGAUAAAGGACACAUGAGAGGCGAUAAAGGACACAAGAGAGGCGAUAAAGGACACAUGAGAGGCGAUAAAGGACACAUGAGAGGCGAUAAAGGACACAAGAGAGAUGAUAAAGGACACAUGAGAGGCGAUAAAGGACACAUGAGAGGCGAUAAAGGACACAUGAGAGGCGAUAAAGACCUAUCAUUAAUGUAG